UUUCUUUGUUUUCAUCCUUUUCAUGUUCGAUAUUGUCAUUUGUUUGCUGUUGUUAUAUUUUGCGAGUUAAUCUGCUGCAUUUGAAACCUUAAUUAUGGAUGAUUAAAUCCAGAAAGAGGUCGUAAAACUGACUGACUUAAAACUAAGGGCCAAUUUAUCAUAAAAUGACUUUUGUUCAGAAAAGCAAAUCUCCUGCCAUUUGCAUCAAUUGCAUGAUUAAAAUAAAGGGACAAGCUUGUUGUCCUUUUCACAUGUUUGAUGUAACACACGUAAAGCCUGGAACGCACGGCGUUAAUGAUAUUGACAUCCUACCAGCAUGAUUACUUAACAUAUUAAUAUUACCUGAGUAUUACAUAAUAUAAGUAAUAUAUUUUAUAAAAAAUAUUUUAUCCAUAUAACUUCAUUGGAGGACAGUCUCCACUUUUCAGGCUGACAAACGGUAUCACAUUCUUAUUUUUGAAAUUCUGACGUUACGAUGCUCAUCUCCAACUUCCCAAGCGUCUUUUCUUGGACGUUUUCUGCAUCUCAGUGUGGUAAACUCAAGGGGCAAGGUCUUGAAACCAUGAAUAAUGGGGGGCGUGGUAUUCAAAUUGCGAUCAUUUUCAGCCGCCACAUUUGUCAAAGGCUCACCAGGAUUGAGUGGCAUACGCACUGAUCUUUCUUUCAGAGGAGCAGCAGAAACUCCUACGUCUGAUUCUUGCACACUGGACUCCAAAUGUCAGUAAAAGUAAACGUCUAGGGCCUAAUGGGGUCUACAGGCUGUCCCAAAACCUGUCCUUACUCAAACUUGGUGUGAUGUUGUGUUCGGAGUGGUUUUGCGAUGAUGUAAGAUUGUGCCAUCAUAAAAAAUAAUUGUGAUGCUGUAAACAGAAAUUAACGGUGGUGUUUUAUUUAUCUUUUACACCUGACCUGUGGACAGUCAAUGAAGCAUCAUGACAACCCAGCACUUUUUUGUGUUAUAUUUAGAUGAUUUUGGUCUUUGAAGUCAUCUGUGAGAGAAAGGCUGCACAGAGCUCAGCAGGAGACUCAACAGCAUCUCAUCACUGGAGAAACCUGCUCCACACUGGAUCUGAACUUUUAUUUUAAAAUAUGAAUAUUACAGACACUUUUCAUAAUAUGACCAACUCACAGUUUGGUCAGAAUAUAAUGUGGAUGCAAAGUAAGGUCAUUAUCGUGCAGGUGCUGGUGGUGAUUUUUCUCUGCAUCAACUUGUUGCUGAUCGUGACCUUCUUUAAAAACGAGUGCUUCUACACAACUGCUCGCUACAUCCUCUUUGCUGUGACGUUACUGUCGGACAGUUUCUUGUUCUUAGUGUCCGACCUUCUCUUUAUCUUAAGCAUUUUUCAAAUCACCAUGCAGGUUUUCUUGUGCAGCGUCAUCUGCAUCAGUGUGCUCUUGUACCUCAUCGUCACACCAGUGACUCUCACAGCGAUGACGCUGGAGCGCUACGUGGCUAUUUGUUUGCCUCUACGUCACGCGGAGCUGUGCUCCACGCGCAGCACUGUACACGUCAUCCUCAUCAUUCACGGCCUCAGCUCUGUGCCCUUUGCCGUCUUUCUUUUCACCGUCUUUGCGUCAGCAUCUCUUGACUUUUACUAUCAAUACAGGACAUGCUCUGUAAAGAUUUUAAUUGUGUAUAAAUGGCAGGAUCACGUCUGGUCAGCUGUGUUUCAGUUCUACUUCCUCAUCAUGUCUCUCAUCAUCAUGUUGUGCUACGUUAAAAUAAUGAAAGUGGCCAGAACUGCGUCAGGAGAUGAUAAAAUAUCGAGCAAAGGACUCAGGACGGUGACUCUUCAUGCUUUCCAGCUGCUGCUCUGUCUCAUCCAGUUUUGGUAUCCUUUAAUAACGUCCAUUCUGAUAUAUACUAAUUUCACUGACUUCCAACAUGUCCGUUUUUUUUGCUACAUAAUGUUUAAUCUUACGCCGCGGUGUCUUAGUCCUCUCAUUUAUGGCCUCAGGGAUGAAAUGUUUCUCACUGCACUGAAAAAAUUCCUCUCGUGUGGCUUGUGUGACAGACAAUAAAAGCAUUUUAAUGUUUGGUAAAGUAACUUAGUUGCUGUUAUAUUUCCUGAGCUCAUCUGCUUCAUCUGAAACCCCAUAUAUGGAUGAUUAAAUCCAGAAGGAACCUAACUGUGUACUUCUUAAAAUUAUGUGUGCUGCUUUAGGAAAAGACUGACUGACCUGAUAUAAACAGAUUAUAGAACUGUUUUAAAGGGCUGAAAUGUAACCUCUAAGCCACUUGAAUUAAUGUCUUUGUCUUCUCUUCUAUGGUAUUUUAUGCUUUUGUCUAUUACUGACUGACAUUCAAGGGCCAGUUUAUAGUAAAAUUACUUGUUUAGAAAAGCAAAUCCCACAUUUAUGAAAAACCAGAGAGCUUAUUUUAAUCAUUAAAACAAAACACCCUGUAAAACAUGUAACUUUAUUAAGCUUCACCACAUACUUAUUUGUGUUUACAUUUGUCUUUUAUGAAAAUGAAUGUUACAGCGUUGA